AUGCCCAUCCUCCCUUACCGGGAUCAUGUAUCCGGGAAGACUCAGACUGAUGAUCUCUUUUACUACAGUGAAGUUCUUGCGCAUCUUGCGGGCCGCUGGGUGGUUGCUUCGCCGAGAUCAAUCCAGGAACUGGCAGCGACCUGCAUGAACAUCGUCAAGGAGAAUGCCCAAGACCUUUACUUUGACUCGCAAAGUUCUGGCGUUCCUGCUACGGUUCCGAAUCCACUUGUCUGCCCCGAGAAAACAUAG